AUGGCUCACGCGUCCGGGAGGGGAAGGGUGGUCGGAGACUAUCUGGUGGGUCGGCAAAUUGGGUCGGGUUCGUUCUCGGUGGUUUGGCACGCGAGGCAUAGGGUCCAUGGGACCGAGGUGGCGAUCAAGGAGAUUGCGACUGGCCGGCUCAACAAGAAGUUGCAGGAGAGUCUAAUGUCUGAGAUCUUUAUCUUGAAGAAGAUUAACCACCCUAAUAUUAUUACCUUGCACGAUAUUAUAGAGGUUCCUGGGAAGAUCAAUCUGGUAUUGGAGUAUUGCAGAGGUGGUGAUCUUUCGAUGUAUAUUCAACGCCAUGGAAAAGUGCCAGAAGCUAUUGCAAAGCACUUCAUGCAGCAGCUAGUGGCAGGUCUGCAAAUGCUUCGUGACAAUAAUCUUAUACAUCGGGAUCUAAAGCCACAGAAUCUCUUGCUGUCCACCAAUGACAACAAUUCAGUCUUAAAGAUUGCAGAUUUUGGAUUUGCAAGAUCUCUGCAACCUCGAGGCCUUGCUGAAACCUUGUGUGGUUCGCCACUUUACAUGGCCCCAGAGAUAAUGCAACUUCAAAAGUAUGAUGCAAAGGCAGAUCUCUGGAGUGUUGGUGCGAUUUUAUUUCAACUUGUAACUGGGAAAACCCCAUUCACCGGAAACAAUCAAAUACAGUUGCUCCAGAACAUUGUGAAAUCAACAGAGUUGCAGUUCCCCUCGGAUAGCAGCAAUUUAAGUUCAGAGUGCAAGGAUUUGUGUCAAAAAUUGUUACGCCGCAAUCCAGUGGAACGGUUAACAUUCGAAGAGUUUUUUAAUCACCCAUAUCUUUCUCAGAAGUCAGCAUAUAACUCAUCAAGGAGUAGGAAGACUUCAAGAAUGGCAGAAGGAUUUCCUAUGUCUGAAUGCAAUCCAAUGAGGAACAUGGAGGAAAGUUCUCAAGAGGAUUGCCUGCCUUUCCUUUUAGAUGAUGAUUCCAGUGGUCCUGAAGGAAGCCCAUCCUAUUCAAGGAGGAGGCCCUCGAUGAAGUCUACUUAUGGAUUUUCGCUCGAUACAAAAGUUGAUAGACGGGAAGCAUCACCUACCACUUCAUACAGAUAUGGCAGUGCAACACGUAAAGAUAAUUCUAGUCUUAGGUUGGACAACCAUAGACUGUCAGAUAGAAAUCUAACUGACCCCCUAGGAUCUAUGGACCAAAAACCUAUGAAUGCUCGAUCAAGAGUUGUGGAUUCACUGGACUUGAUUGAUCAAGAUUAUGUUCUUGUGUCUGGACCUCCAGUUGAUGUGUCUUCUUCCUCAGUUAGUGCUUCCAAGCCAAGUCCUUCUCUAUACAAAUCUGAGAGUCUCCCUCAAGAAUCUCUAACCACCUCAUCAAGUGCCCCAAUGCAAAUCAUGGGCGCAGCUAAUAGUAACAUGUGUUGCAUAGGAAGCUUGGAUAGUCAGAGUUCUGCUCCAGGGACAUCACUGGGAUCAACGGAUAUGGGGGAUGCUUUGGAGCAGCCAUCAACACACUGCAUGACAAGGCUCAAUUCAUUGCAGCAGUGUGUGUCCGCUAUUACUGAAUUAGUUCAUGAAAAGGUUGAGGCAGGCAAGCAUCUAGAAGCAUUCUCAGUUCAGCUUGUAAUUCUUGCAAUUUGGAAGCAAGCUCUACAUAUAUGUCAUACGCAGGCUGCCUCUGCUAUGGAAGGAAGUCCAAGCCAAGAGACCACAAGAUUUAGGAGCACCAACAAGAAGCAUAGUAGUUCGGAUGCUGAGGAAUGCCUUGAUGUGGUCAACACUCAAGGGCCCGAGGAUAUUUCCUCUCAAAUUGAGAGGGAAUUUCUCCGUGAGGUUGAGCAUGCAGAAGAACUUGCAAAGGCUAUUGAUCCUGGACAUACAGAGAUGCCAGAUGCAAUGGAGACCAUAUUUCAGUCUGCUCUUGUUUUUGGGAGACAUGGGGGCGUUGAUGAGCUCAUGGGUGAUAUGGAAAGUGCAGCGGUGUUUUAUUCAAAGGCUGUGCGUCUCUUGGUCUUUCUUCUAGUGGAAGCACCAUCCCUCAUUCUCAACCCGCCAUUCUCUCUGACAAGCUCUGACCGGUAUAGGCUUCAAACUUACAUUGGUAUACUUAAUAAUAGGCAAGGUUAUUCAAGGUCUCAACGGAUGGCUAUUUUGAAGUGCGAGGAGCAACAGUGCCCACCUUAA